AUAGCUCCAUGGCUGUGCGAGGAAGCAGAUUGUCUGUCAGCAAUUGUCCUAUGGACAGAAUAUCAUCAUCGGUCACCACGGUAUAGAUGUACGAGUCGUUUAAACUUUCAUCCAUCCACCUAGAAUAAUACCAUAAUAGUUAGAGAAAUAAACACUUUUCUCUAUUCGACGUGUGUCCUAGUGUUGGAAUGGUGCCCACAGACUUAUAAGCUUUUGUAUAAUGUUAGCUAUCGAAAUAGAUAGCUCUGCAUUUGUACAAUACAGAGGGUGGUACCUAGAUUGUUAGUAAAAUGUUAUUUAUUCAUUAUAAAGUACCUGUCAUAUCAGUGUGGAGCGGGGAACCUUUUGACCAUCUUUAAGACAUGUUAAGCAGCUCCCCAUCAUCUAGUCCGUGCGUUUUGGCUGCAGCCUACUUCUGUAUCAUGUGUGAUUUGAAGGUUUAUAAGGGAAUCUGCUGUGGACGCAGGGUCUGUAGUGCAUAGCCUUCUCGGACUGAUAAUUUGAACGACUCAUUCAUGAGUUAUUUGAGGAAAUUACUUUGAAACGAUGUUAUCAUCAGCUGACAGGCACCAACUUACUUCUUCAGUUUGCCACUGAGUUAUAAGAACACUACCGGGUGUGGACGAUCUGGGCCAUUGUUAGCUGUAACACUCGAUUAUUACCGAAGCAGGCACGUAUCAAUCUCUGGGUAAAACCUCUUGUACGGGUGUGAUAGAUUGCGUUAAAUGUUAGAAGGCUAUGUCACAUCACACACAGUGGGUUUACAUCAUGUAUGUGGUCAGUCGUUUCUUCGUCAAUCCGUGCGGAUGACACGGCCACCAGUGUUUAGGGGAGAUUGUAAUAACCCUGUCGUUGGGCUGUCAGUGCUUCACUGAAUUACCUGAUUGCCCAUAUCGUUUGCGAGGACGUUUAUAUCCUAGCCAGUUAGUCAUGUAGCUCGGAGGUUCACAAGCUCUUUUGUUAUUCCGCACUCCGCAGAUCGAUGACUGCGGUGUUACACACACUGUUAUUCACAAUUUUUGUGUCCCUCUUGUAUAUAGAUGUACAGUCUUUUGGUUACUUUUUUGGAGGUGUUAUCCUAACAGUGCUGGUUGCUAUGGCAUUUUUAAAUGGACCCAGAUUACUUGACUGGGCAAAUUCACCUCCACAUCUUCAGUUUAACAAAUAUGUUCUAACUGGAUAUCGACCAAUAUCGUCGGUUCAAGACUGCAUUCGAAGUCUUUUUUAUCUGCACAAUGAACUGGGAAAUAUCUACACGCAUGGCAUCCCGCUGCUAUGCUUCCUGGUGCUGCUCCCUCUCAACAUCCCCUGGUCCCAGAUCAGUGUGACGUGGCUGGGUGUGGUGCACUUCCUGGCCUGCCUGUCACCGCAGCUGGGCUCGGUGCUCUACCACCUGUUCAUGAACCACGAGGGCGGCGAGCCCGUCUACCACACGCUCCUCACCCUGGACAUGUGCGGCAUCUGCAUGAUCAACACCCUGGGUGCCCUCCCCAUCGUGUACAGCACGCUGCUCUGCUACCCGUUCACGCGGACGGUGGCGCUGCUCGUGUACAUCCUGCUGUCCAGCUACGCCAUCUACUGUGCCAUCACGGCGCGCAGCAGCGUCCGGCGCCUGCGCUCCUUCGCCUGGCAGGCGCUCUUCCGCUUCUCCUUCUUCCUGCUGCGCUGGGCGGGGGUGGGGGGCGGGAGCCCCACCUCGCUGCGCCACUUCCUCACCAUGGACGCGCUGGCCGUGCUCGGCGGGGUCAUCAACAUCACGCGCAUCCCCGAGCGCUUCCGCCCGGGCCUCUUCGACUACUGGUGCAACAGCCACCAGAUCAUGCACGUGCUGGUGGUGGGCUCCAUCCUCUACCUGCACUGGGGCGUGCUGGACGACCUGCUGUGGAUCAACAGCUACCACUGUCCCUCGGACUGA